AAAAUAUAUAGUUGAUAGUUGUCAAAAAAUGGAUGCGUUUCCAAAAUUUGUUUUAAAUUAUGCCUUUAUUUCUUGACGUUAAUCUAAACGUUAUAAAUAGCAUCAUUAAGAACUGAAAAUAAAUUUUAUGGCAAUGCCAAUAACUAAUUAUGAAACUCUUUACAGGAAAAUGGGUUUUGUUGUAGACAAAGUUUCCGAAGACUCAUUUUAUGAAAAUCUUCUUCUUGGAUUAUCAAAGGUAUUAGAAAAAUCACCCUACAUAUCAAACCUUUCGCUAAAGAGAUUCUCAGGAUUGAGACAGAUAGAUAUUAGAACUUGGGAACAUAAUAACGGAAUCUCUUUACCAGAAGAUUUAAAAGCUUUUUAUUCGUCAACUAAUGGGUUCUUGUAUUCUUAUGAUUUUUCUUACGAAAUAGAAAAUCAGGAAAAAAAGAACGUAAGACAAGGAAAGAUAGAAAUAAAUCCUUUGAAUGAUGUAUUAAGAAUAUACGGUUAUGAAACUAAAAAUACAGCGCAAAUAGAAAAAGUAGGAACAAAAUUAAAACUUGUGCUUUCUAAGGAUAGUAAAGUAUUCGAACUUUGUUCAAUAGAUGAAAAUGCAAAACUUGUCUUGGUGUAUAUAAACACAUACUCGAAUCCUACUAUAUGGUUGUACACAAUUUCUAUGGUAUUCAAUUAUCUAGCUGAUGAUUUUACCACAUAUUUUCGAAGAUGCAUUGCCCACUUAGGCAUCCCUUGUUGGCAGUAUAUAGCUUCUAGCAGAGGUCUGCCCGAAUGGGCAAAGGAAAUUUUUCUUCUACUAGCUCCAGGGGUAUUAUCAGAAGAAAAAAAUCUGGUUGACAUACCGAAAGUUCAUAUAGAUGAUACGAACAUAAUUGAUCCAGCUGUUUUCAUGAGUUCUACUAACAGCAGUCAUGGUCUCAUCAUGCAAGCCAUGCAACAAGCCAAGGCUACUAAAGACCGAGAGAAAAAAUUAAAGCAUGCCAACAAACGUCAAGUGAGCAGCCGAUUAACUAAAAAACAUGAUAAAUAAAACUAAGAGAAAAGAAACAAGUAUGUUAUUUUAGUACCUUUUUUAAAUUAAUUUAAAUCUUUUCUUUUACUAAUGUCAGAAGUAUUUAUUUUUUGGAACAACUCUAUCUUAAUAUACCGGGUAAUAUACGUAUAACACAGCCAACCUAGGGACACUGAUAAAUGUACUUUUUAAAUAUUCAAUAAAAU